AUGGCGUCUCAAACCCCGGCCGUUGUCAUGGACAACGGAACUGGUUAUUCCAAGCUCGGUUUCGCCGGUAACGACUCGCCCUCGUUCGUCUUCCCCACGGCAAUUGCUAGCAAGGGUGGUGCCGGUGCCUCCGGAGGCGCGACCAGACCGGCUGUCGGAAAUAAGCCCUCGUUCUUGGCCGGAGGUGGUGGAGCCGGCUCACACCUGUCCUCAAAGCGUGGCACGGAAGACCUGGAUUUCUUCAUCGGUGACGAAGCUCUGGCUGCCGCCAAUGGGCCCGGCUAUGGCAUCAACUACCCCAUCCGACACGGUCAGAUCGAGAACUGGGAUUCGAUGGAGCGGUUCUGGUCGAACUCGAUCUUCAAGUACUUGCGCGUCGAGCCCGAGGAUCACUACUUCCUUCUCACCGAACCGCCCCUGAAUCCCCCCGAGAACCGUGAGAAUACUGCGGAGAUCAUGUUCGAGUCGUUCAACUGCGCCGGUCUUUACAUUGCCGUCCAAGCUGUGCUUGCGCUCGCCGCCUCGUGGACCUCCUCCAAGGUGACCGACCGAUCCCUCACCGGAACCGUCAUCGAUUCCGGUGACGGUGUCACCCACGUUAUCCCCGUCGCCGAAGGCUACGUCAUCGGGUCUUCCAUCAAAAGCAUACCGAUUGCCGGUCGAGACAUCACCUAUUUCGUACAGAGCCUGCUGCGUGACCGGGGCGAGCCCGACAGCAGCUUGAAGACGGCCGAGAAGGUGAAAGAGGAAUACUGCUACGUCUGCCCUGACAUCGUCAAGGAAUUCGCCCGGUACGACCGCGAGCCGGACCGUCUCCUCAAGCACACCGUGACCUCGCCCAACGGCCGCAGCGUGAACAUCGACGUCGGCUACGAGCGAUUCCUGGCCCCCGAGAUCUUCUUCAACCCCGAAAUCUACUCCUCUGACUUCCUGACCCCCUUGCCGACCGUUGUCGACGGCGUCAUCCAGUCCUCCCCCAUCGACGUCCGGAGAGGGCUGUAUAAAAACAUCGUCCUGUCCGGAGGAUCCACGCUAUACAAGGACUUUGGCCGACGCUUACAGCGUGACAUCCGGCACCUGGUGGACGCACGGAUCCGGGCCUCGGAGGCACGCAGCGGUGGAGCGCGAAGCGGUGGAUUGGACGUGGCCGUUGUGACGCACAAGAGACAGAGACACGGUCCGUGGUUCGGAGGAAGCUUGCUGGGACAGACGCCCGAAUUCCGAAGCUACUGCCACACCAAGGCCGAAUACGACGAAAUAGGCCCCAGCAUUGUCCGGAGAUUCGCUCUCCUCGGUGGCCCGGGCAGUUCGUAA